AUGGCGGCGAACCUUCCGCAGUUGGGUUCUAAGCCCGGGUGGGCAUUCGAGGACUUCUUCACAUUAGAUCCGACGGAGGAGCAUCGACUCAAAAUGGGGUUGGCGAUCCACCUGAAACUCCAAUACGAUAACAUCAACAUGGGUGAGCCUUGCGCAGUCUCGGUUGACGGCGUUCGGGCUUACAAGCCAGACGUGAUCGCGGAGGCGCACAAGAAGUUUUUGCAAGCUGUUUCGGCGAACGCGCCCCUACAGGACCCCACGAUGGCUACAGUGAUCAGCGCGCUCCAGGCGAAGUGGUGCAUGCCAGGGAAGGUGUUCAACCUCGGGUACGUGAAGGAUUGGAUCACCAAGAACGUCGAGAACUGGGGCCCCAGCAUAGAGAGGCGCGCGGGCGGACUGCAGCCCGACACGCCGUACGGGGCGCAGCACCUCACCCUGAGCAACCAGAGCUCGCUGUUCGGAUUGUUCGCGCUUGGCGUGAUGCAAUUCCUGCACGGCUCGAUGGGCGCCCGCGUGGAGGCUGCCUUCAAGAGCGUCCGCGUGAUGCUCUUCUUCGGCGCCGAGGGGGAAGACGUCGAGGUCCUGAACGCCAACGAGAACAUCGCCAAAGAAGAGUACAAGCGGCACUGCGAGCUCGAAAACAUCAUGGUGGUCCAGCAAUGGUGCGAGAAUAUGCGGACGGCAAAGCCUUUGGACCCGACGAAGGCCAUUGACGUAUUCAAAUUCUCCGCUGUCCUGGGCGACCCUCGUAAACCGGCACCGCGGUGGCUUGCUGGCCUCCUUGGCCAGAAACCACCCACGCGCGCCAACAAGAUUGCAGCAGUCACGAAGAAGGAGGUCACGUCGCGCUGGUUGGGCGAGAAUAAGGUGGCAGCGGCCCACGCGCAGAUGAGGAGCUUCCAAGAGGUAUCGCUCCGCGUGCGCUUCCUGAAGGGUUUCUCGCCGAAGGCGCUGGAGAUCAUGACGGUGGAUAUUUGGUCGGAAUUGGGCAAGCAAGGCUUGGCCCACAAGCCAUUCCCGAUCACCCGCGCCAUCCUCAUGUCACCCGAGAUCCUGACGGCCGCGGCGUUCGCGUCGACAAAGGAGAAAGACGCCGUCCCCCCGUACCGCGACGGCGAGGCAGGGGCUCUAUUGCAGGUCCGCAUGGCGGAGUAUGCCGCCCGCCGCGUUUUCGAGUUCCGCGCCAAGCACAAGUCCAUGGACGCCUUCAGCAGCGCGCCAGCCUGGGUGGCGUUCGCCCGUCUGCUCCCGUUCGUCGAGAGCGUCUUGAACUCGGAGUACGGCCCCGACUCGCGCGCGUGGCCGGACCAGGCCACCGCCUUGCACAAGCAGCUGUGGGUUGGAGAACACGACGCCGAUCUAGUCCAGGUCUCGGCGCAGAUCCCAGGCCAUUUCGACGCGCGUCACUCCGAGAUGGUAAAGCUCCUGUCGUCGAUCUUCUCGCCGCUGCAGCGCGCGAUCAAGGCCGUCGCUGCGGCGAAGGCGAUGCGCGUGGCGGAGCAGCCGCCGCCGCCGCCGCCAGACCAGGCAGCCGGCGAAACCCUGGAUGAGGGCUGCAAGAAGGCAACCGAGAGGACUGGGGACGUCACCGACGAGCUCGCAGCUGGCUUGGACCUGGCGGAGAAGAAGAAACUUGUCGCCGACUUGAACAAGCAGGCGGUUCAAGACCGCAGCGCUUCGUCGAGGCGCCUCAUCGCGCAGCAGGCGGCCGAGAUCAUGCGCAACCGGGUGGUGAUCGUGCGCACUGGCUCCGAGGCGAAGAAUUGGAUGGAGAGCCACAGUCCUGGUUACGUUGCCCGCGCCGUUGUCGUGGAUCUCGCGAUGUCGGCGAAGCUGGUGUCGGGCCCGAAGAGCCGCUCGAUCUGCAGGGCGCCGGGCGAGGCGGACUGCAAAGAUUGGUCUGAUACCAUCAAGAUUUUGCCGGCCACGCCCAUCAUAGGCCACGUCCUCGUCCGACCGUGCCACCAGAGCGGCAUCCACAAGCUGCACGAGAACCUUGCAGAUACGCACCGCCAUUUGCGCUCGAUCUGCGUGCCUGUCCACGUGCCGCCAGGUUUCAUCAGACAUUUGAAAUCAAAUGCCGCCCGCAGCGGCGGGCCCGCGGACGAGACCAUUGAGCGUUCGGGGGUCGACUUCCAAAUGCGCACCAUCGGCCGGAGACUCGCCAAGAAGGGCACGGGCCCGCAGGUGGGCGACGAGGGCGCGGACUCUGGCGAGGAGGAGGGCGACGGCGAGUCGUCUGGGGCCGAGGGCACGUCGAGCAAGGAGAAGAGCCAGCUCGAUGAGGAAUUCUUGGACGCCUGCGACCCGCACUUGAUGAACGAGGAGCAGUUGCGCGUCAUUUUCGGCGACAAGGCAUCGCAGGCCGAGAACAUCAUGUUCCAGCACACGUCCCGCAUCACCAGCGAGGCGGAGUUCAUGCCCAUGGCCGACGUCUUCAAAGUCGCGCUGGGCGCCCGCGCCCAGCCGCGGGCGCACCGCAAAGGUCAGGUCCACCCCACCGUGUACAUCGAGGCGCUGCGGUCCGCCCUGAAUUGCAGCCCGAUUCCAUUAUCGGAGAACGAGGUCAUGGUGAUCGUGACGGGUGGGGCACCUGAGGCCAUCGUGGCGGCGAUCGUGUGCGGGUACAAGCACGUCUUGGUCAUUGCGAACGACGAGAACGAGAUCAAAAUGCUGCAGACGCCGCCGCUGGCCGAGGAGCGAGAGCUCAACGUGGAUUAUGGAGCAUACGUAUCUCCCGACCCGAUGGAGCCUCUCAAGGGCAUGCUCUCGGCGGCCGCGAUUCGCAUGAUGGCGCCGUUCAUCAGCAACUUCGUCAGCAAGAGCGCGGGCUACAAGUUGGAGCCUCCCGGCGAGCUGAACUUGCCGCCAUUGAAAACAUACACUUUCAUUCCCCUCACUGGCGCCAUCAUCGCGAGGCACGUCGGGGAGGAGGAGAAGACUACCACGGGCCCCGCGAAGAUCAAGGGCCCCGCGGCAUCCACGAGCGCAGAGAAGUCAGCGGCGGGCGAGAACGCCAUUGACGAGGAGGAGGAGGCUGACGACGCCGAGGAGGACGCUGGCGACGGCUGCGGCGACGAGGAGGAUGAGGACGACAUAUCCGCACAGCUGAAGAAGCUCACCGAGAUGGAGAGCAAGGCCGCUGGCAAGCGCCCCGCGCCCAGCGGCGACAAGUCGGGCAAGAAAAAGAAGAAGCAGAAGGUGGCCUCGAAGGCAUCGGCCGCGGCCCCGCGAGGUGCUCGGCAGGUUUGCGUCGGCCGCGAUGGGCGGCCCCCGUCGCCGAGGGUGCGAUAG